GCAGACGUUGAGUCGGUUUUGUUUACAAACUGAAACGUUGUGUUGAGGCGCAGAAUGGGAAGUGAGAAGAAAAAGAGAUAUGACCGUUCUAGGUCACGAAGCAGAGAGAGAAGAAAACAUAAGAGAAGGUCCCGUUCAAGAUCUGUCUCACAAGAGAAGAGGUCCAGACGCUAUUCGCACACAAGGUCCAGGUCAAGGUCUCCUUCAAGGCACCGUGACAGAAGGGACUUUAAACGAGAUCGUCGAUCAGCAUCAAGGGACAGAGAAAGAGAUGGAGCAAAGGCUGGAAAUAGGCAAAGGCAUAGGUCAAAUUCUAGAGGAAGGGAAAGGAUGAGGUCUAAAUCUAGAGAAAGAGAAAGAAUGAGGUCAAAAUCUAGAGAAAGAGAAAGAAUGAGGUCAAAAUCUAGAGAAAGAGAAAGAAUGAGGUCAAAGUCUAGGAGCAGGGAGAGGAUGAGGUCAAAUUCUAGAGGCAGGGAAAUACAAAUGCAAAGGUCACUAUCGGUUGAUCGUGAUACAGGUAACCACAGAAACCACAGCAGACUCAAAAAGAAGUCAAGAUCUAGUUCAGAGGAAUCUGUUGACAGAAGAAGGGAAAAGUCUUUGUCCAAGGAUAGAAAACAGAAGAAACACAAGAAAAAGAAGAAGAAAACCAAGAAGUCAUCAUCAUCAUCUUCAUCUUCAGAGAGUUCUGAUGAGAGCACAGAAGAUGAAACUAAGUUGCUUCAGAGACUUACAGAGGAACGGAAGAGAAUAAAAGACAAAAAGGUCAAAGAAAAGGUUGCAAGGAAAGCUAUGGAGACACCAGCUGAAAAACGACUGCGUAGACUCCAAAAAAAGGAAGCAAAGGAAAGGAAACGAAAGGAAAAGAUGGGUUGGGACAGUGAGUAUCUACAUUUCACCAAUGCUGACAAUCCCUAUGGUGAUAACAACCUUCUGGAGACCUUUGUGUGGAAAAAGAAGCUGGAGAAGGAAGGCUUAGCAACUCUGCCAAGGGAAGAAAUUGAAAAACAGAAUCGCCUCAAGAUGGAUGAAAACAGAAUGGAGCUGGAAAAGGUGAAGAAGAGACGGCAAGAGCGUGAAUUAGAGCGGCAAGAGCGGGAGAAGAUGAUGGAGUUGGAGCAACGCCAGAGGGAGGCUGCGCAGUUUUCACAAUUCUCCAAGCAAGAGGAUCAGUUCCAGCUUGAGCAGGCCAGGCUGCGGUCACAAAUUCGAAUUCAGGAUGGACGAGCCAAGCCAAUUGAUCUUCUAGCGCAGUAUGUCAGCUCAGAAGGUGAUGUGACAGCAGUUGACAUGCAUGAACCUUACACGCAUUUGACUGGGCUUACACUUGUUGAUCUAGAGGAUUUGCUGGAAGAUAUAAGAAUCUAUAUGCAAUUAGAAAAGGAGAAUAUGAAUCAGACAUAUUGGACUGAUUUAACUAUCAUAGUGCAAGAUGAACUGAGACGUCUUCGUCAACGCGACACAAUAGAAGAUGCAACAACACACCGACAAGGCAUCCACGCUGCUGUAGCAUCAGACGUAUCAGCUGUUUUCCAAAAUAAGUCCCUGGCAGAGUUGAAUAAACUUCAGUUAACCAUAGAAGCAAAAUUGUCAGGUCCCACAACAGGUCUUGAUGUUGGGUACUGGGAGUCACUUUUGUCUCAACUGAAAGCACAUCAAGCUAGGGCCAGACUUCGUGAACGACACAGGGAUAACCUGAAGAAGAAGCUGGAGAUGCUAAAGGCAGAGCAAGGGGUGAAGGAAGAGGAGGAAGGAGAAGAGGAUAAUAUACCUGAAGAAGCUGAUGAAUCUGAAGACAGCAGCAGCAGCAGUGAUGAAGAACCAAGGAGAGAAGUUAAGGUGAAGGAAGAGGUGGAGGAGGAUGGAAACCACAGUGAAUAUGAGGCAGAAGAAAGUACAAGAGAGAAGAACAAAGAAACAGAGGAAGAAGAUGAUGGUGAAUGGGAUUCAGGUUGUGAAGGUGAUAGCGCAAUUCAUAGUGCCAUCUCACUCUAUAAUGCUGGUAGAUAUUCUCCUCGGUUAAUCAAAGAAAAGAAAUUGGAGCCUGGCACAGUGGUGGUGGAUGAGGCUGAGGACAUGCAGAGACUACUCUGGGCUCGGCAACGUGUAGUCAACGCUGGUCAAGGGGUGGAGAGUGUCUUGUCAUCAGAGGAGAAAGUCAUGCAGAAGGAGGCACAGCGAGCUAUGAAUGAUGAUGAAGCACAGUUCAGUGUGGAAGCUAAGUUAGACACUCAACAGUACCUCUGGUCAGACAAGUACCGUCCCCGUAAGCCUAGGUACUUCAACCGAGUGCACACUGGGUUUGAGUGGAACAAGUACAAUCAGACUCACUACGACAUGGAUAACCCUCCACCCAAGAUUGUGCAAGGUUACAAGUUCAACAUAUUCUACCCUGACCUCAUUGAAAAAUCCAGAACACCACAAUAUGAGCUUAUUCCUUGCACUGAUAACAAGGACUUCGCUAUUCUCAAGUUCACUGCCGGACCUCCAUAUGAAGAUAUUGCCUUCAAGAUUGUGAAUCGUGAGUGGGAGUAUUCUUAUAAAAGGGGUUUUAGAUGUCAGUUUCACAACAAUAUCUUCCAAUUGUGGUUUCAUUUCAAACGAUAUCGGUAUAGAAGGUAAACUGGUUAUCAGAGUAAUAAUUUUGUUAAUAUGUAUAUGCAUAUAGGCUCAAUUUUUAUGUAUAGUUAUUAAUUUUCUCUUGAAAGAUAUAAUUAUCAUAAUUUAUUUAAUAAAUGAAUACAAAUGAAAAGACCUUAAUGCCAACUAUUUUCAGUUUCAAGGAAAAGGUAUUAAACCUUCAAGUUCCCUAAUGCUAUGCUGGUUCUGUCGCUUACUUUAAUAUGAAUUGGAAUUCUUUUCUCUUACUUUGGUAUGAAUUUUUAAGACUGAUAGGAAAUUUGUUGAAAGUGAUGAAUUGUAUAUGAUCAAGAACAUUACUGCAUUCCUUACAUGUGUAAUGGAUUGUUAUGUCCAUAAAAACUACAUUUGUAUAUUUUAUUAGAAAUAUGCUGACAAAUCAUUAAAUUUAAAUAUUGCAGUAUUUUUGGUAUCAUUCUUUCUGUGAUUUUAAUAAAGUUACAUCUUUGUCUUUAAA